AUGGCCCUCUUUCCGCACGUGCUCUUCUCAGCAAUCCAAUGUGCCAACGCUGUGGCAUUCCUGGUCGCGCUGACAAGCUUAAACUCCAUCGUUUUCGCUGCUCCACCAUACAACUUCAACACAGCCGGAGUGGGUCUUAUGCUCAUCGGCCCAUUCGUUGGCAACAUGAUCGGUAGUCUGUACGGCGGGAUAUUCGGUGACUACGUCGUUGUCAGGCUCGCGCGAAAGAACCGGGGUAUCUUUGAGCCUGAAAUGAGACUCUACGUACUCUUGCUACCUGCGUGGAUCAUGGGCGCCGGAAUGAUAAUAUUUGGUGUUACGGCAGAUUUGGGGAUGCACUGGAUAUGUCCGAGUAUCGGCGGUGCUUGUUUCGCUUUCGGCAUGAGCUCUAUGAUGGACAUUAGUUUCACAAUCAUCAUUGACACCUAUAAAGCCGUGAGUCACUCUAAUUAA